CACUCGGCUGCCCGACGACGCGAGAGCCGCACGCUCCGGACCGGACUCGCUGCACUCGCUGCCGCCGAGCUCCGGCUCGCUGAGGCGGCGCGCCCUCGGAUCUCGCCCCGGAGACGGCCGGGGCCGCCAAAUCUGCGGUCCCAGUGGCGGGAAAGAUGAAGAAUGAAAUUGCUGCUGUUGUCUUCUUUUUCACAAGGCUAGUGAGAAAACAUGACAAGUUGAAAAAAGAGGCGGUUGAGAGGUUUGCUGAGAAAUUAACUCUGAUACUUCAAGAAAAAUAUACAAAUCACUGGUAUCCGGAAAAACCAUCAAAAGGACAGGCCUACAGAUGCAUUCGCGUCAACAAGUUUCAAAGAGUUGAUCCUGAUGUCCUGAAAGCCUGUGAGAACAGCUGCAUCUUGUACAGCGACCUGGGCUUGCCAAAGGAACUCACUCUGUGGGUGGACCCAUGUGAGGUGUGCUGUCGGUAUGGAGAGAAAAAUAAUGCAUUCAUUGUUGCCAGCUUUGAAAGUGAGGAUGAGAACAAGGAUGAGAUCUCCAAGAAAGUUACCAGGGCUCUUGAUAAGGUUACCUCUGAUUAUCAUUCAGGAUCCUCUUCUUCAGAUGAAGAGACAAAUAAGGAAGUAGAAGUGAAACCCAAUUCGGUGACUGUAACCCCAAGCCCUGUGUACCAGAUUUCAGAAUUGAUAUUCCCACCUCUUCCCAUGUGGCAUCCUUUGCCCAGGAAAAAGCCAGGAAUGUACCAAGGGAAUAGCCAUCAGAGUCACUACCCUCCUCCUGUUCCAUUUGGUUAUCCAAAUCCGGGAAGGAAGAAUAAAUCAUAUCGCCCAAUUCCAGUAACAUGGGUACCUCCUCCUGGAAUGCAUAGUAACCGGAACCACUGGAUUAAUCCUCAUAUGUUAGCACCUCACUAGCUGCUUUUGAUUCUGUUGGUGUCUUGUUGAGAGAAGGUAGGGUAAGCCUGACUACAUAUUAAAAGUUAAAAGUUCAUACUUUACUAUAGUAAAGUUAGAUGGGCUAAACCAUCAAUCUUAUUUUUAUAGAAAAGUUAUUGAGAAUAAUCUUUCUUAAAAAAUAUAUAUGCACUUUAGAUAUAUUGAUAUAGUUUGAGAAACUUUAUUAAAGUUAGUCAAGUGCCUGAGUUUUUAAUAUUGGACUUGAGUAUUUAUAUAUUGUGGAUAUGAGAACACUGUAGGAGCAGAUGAUCUGUUCUAGCACCUUUGAGCAUUUACUUUAUGGAGAGUAUGUAAGUUAUUUAUACACAAGGAAAUCUAUUUUAUGUCAUUGUUAUUUAGAAGAAUUGUGUGAAAUCAUAUAGUUGAAAAUAAAUAGUUUGAGGCAUGACAAUGUGUGCUUGUGUUUUGU